AUGGUGAAUGAAAAGGAUGUGUCAGGGAAUUUGCAAUGGAUGAUCAAUGUACCUGAUGGGACAACAAACGUAUUAGUCCCAGAAUCCGGGAUAGUCGAUAAGGUCUGGCUCGAGUUGAAGGGUGUGCUUGGAGGGUUGAGAUUGAAAGUAUGGAGGUUUUUACUGAAGGCAUGGGAUUUAGGAGUUGCUGAGCCCAAAAAGGCCAUCCAUGCUCUCAAAGUAGGGUUGGCUCUUUCAAUUGUGUCACUUUUUUACUAUAUGAGGUCUUUGUAUGAAAGUUUUGGAGGGAAUGCAAUGUGGACAGUUAUGACUGUUGUAGAAGUUUUUGAAUCCACUGUGGGUGCCACACUCUAUAAAAGCAUAAAUAGAGCAGCAGGAACUUUUCUUGCUGGAUCACUUGGUUUGGGUGUCCACUGGAUUGCUUAUAAGUCAGGAGAAAAGUUUGAGCCCAUAAUUAUUGGAAUCUCAGUUUUCUUCUUCGCAGCAACCUUCUCUUGAUUCAUCCCGUCUGUCAAAUCCCGAUUUGAUUAUGGUGCUCUGAUCUUCAUCCUCACCUUCAGCUUAGUUUCAGUUUCCGGAUAUCGUGUUGGUGAAUUAUCUGAGUUGGCUUACGACAGAUUGUCCACCAUUGGCAUUGGGACCUCCUUUUGCAUUCUAAUUAGCAUGCUUUAAUACCACACUUGGGCUGGUGAUGAGCUUCACAGAUUGAUCUACCGUAACCUGGAGAAACUGGCUGAUUCCUUGGAUGGACAUGUCUUGGAGUACUUCAAAGAUAAUGAAGCUGUGACUGAAGACAAUUGUCCUACAGAGGAAAUCAAAGGGUAUAAAUGUGUGCUUGAUUCAAAGGCAACAGAAGACAAUUGGGCUAAACUUGCAAGAUGGGAGCCUGCACAUGGCAGCUUCAACUUUAAACAUCAAUGGAAAAUCAAUGGAAACUACCUUAAGAUCGGGGCAUCGAUGCGUAGUUGUGCUUAUUGCAUUGAGGCUCUCAGCAGUUGCAUGGAGUCAGAAACCCAGACACCAGCUGCAAUUGGACAGCUAAAGAAGCAUCUCAGCAAUGCCUGCAAGACAACAAACAAAUAUUCUUCAGGUAUCUUGAGAGAAUUGGCAAAAACAAUUAAAACAAUGACAAAAUCAUCUGACAUGGGCUCUUUGGUUUGGGAGAUGAACAAUGCAGUGCAGGAACUUCAAAAUUCCUUGAAAUCUGUACCCAUCGGCCUCAUUGCACCGACACCAGAAGACACUGAUGAUGGCAGAGGAGAAUCCUUCAUAACACCAGUGGUGGAGGUUCUUCCAGUGACCACAUUAGUAUCUUUGCUGAUUGAAAAUGCAGCAAGAAUUAACGGAAUUGUUGAUGCAGUUAAUGAGCUAGCAGGCCAGGUAGAUAUGAAACCUGCGCCGCAAGAAAAUUCCAAGCAAUAG